AAUAAUGUUGAUAAUGAAAACUUAAUGUUAGUUGAUGAUGAAACAGAGUUAUUAAUAGCAGCAGACCCGGAGCAAAUUGAAGUUGAAAGAAUUAAUGAAAUCGAUGAUAUUGAUAUCAAAAAAACCAACGAAGCCUCUCUAAUUAAUGCUACAAAUGCAGAAGUAUCAGUUUUAAGUCCAUUGCUACUAUCGCAAAAUAUUAACUAUGUUUUAAAUAGUUUAAAGCAGAGUGAUAAAAUCGUCAACUCAUCUUCAUCUAAAGUUACUAUACGAUAUGAACUUGAAACCCUUUUUUCAGAAAAACAAGCUGAUUGGAAAAGACGAGAUUUUGUAAAAGCCU